AUGGAUAAAUCGACAGUGACUUUCAUUGCCACGCUAAUUUUAGCGUUCUUGUUCUUGAGAUGGUUCAUUUCCCCAGACUUGCCUGCCGGUGACGCCACCCGCAACAGAAACGCCAGAAGAAGAAACGCCAAUAGAACCAGGCAACAACAGCAGCAACAACGACAACAGCAACAGCAACGAGAUGGCGGCCGUCGCAGACAUAAUCGUCGACCAGUGUCCCCUGAUAUGAUUGAAAUAGUCCAGACUUUGGCUCCGAAUCUCACCAUUGGCCAGAUUAGAAUGGAUUUGGAAAGAACAGGGUCUGUCGAGGAAACCGUUGAAAGAUUUCUUUCCGAAGGGUCAUUGCCAUUCCCUGAAGGGGAGGCUCCAGCGGCUAAUGGAGGAGGAGGAAGUGGAGCAGAACCAACUGAAAAGAAGACCACCACCAAGCAAGCAGCGUCUGGGAGUGCUUACGAACGGUACGUGGUGAACAAUGCUUCAUACGACGAAACUGCCUUGGGUGAUGAUAGUACUGCUUCUACUAAUACUACUGCUGCUGCCGAAGGACAAUUGAACAAGAGUGUGGUGGGCUGGGCGAAGACUAAAGAAGAAAGAUCUAAGAAUUUGCAGCAGAAAAAAGCCGAGAUGGUGCUCAGGGCUAGAGAACGGUUGAAGAGCAAGCUUCCAGAGCAGGAAGAUGGGAAGUAA